AUGCAGACCUUGACAAUAUGCCAGGACGAAGACGUAGAAGCAGUCAAGGGCAAGUUCACGGCUUUCAUGGAGCAGGUGGAUAGUGCCAGCAGGGACCUCAGGAUGGGCAACUUCAACGAUCUUAAUCGGCCCGAGCCAGUCUCUUACUUCGGUCAGGUACUGAUGCCCGACUUCAUCAGAGCGGAACAGAUUGCAGGGAAGGCUACUGGGACAAAGGCAUCUGCACCGAAGGUCAAGCCCAAUGUGUUCCGUGCAGUCUUCGAGCGUGCUCACGCGGACUUCUUGGCCCAGCAGACGACCUUCGAGACUGGGUGCAAGGAACAGCUCGAUAUAUCAGGCACGAAGAUCGAGGCUGACUUCAAGGGUCGUUUCACUACAAAGAAAGGCGCAGGUGCCCAGACCUCGAAGGGCACGAAGAUCAUGGUGGAUGCAGCCAAUAAGGCGCUGAAGGAUGUGGAGAAGGUCCAGGCGCAGCUGGCUGAGUGUGAGCGGUGGGAGCGUGAGGCGACUGAUGGAGCGCAAUAG